AGUUUAGUUUUAAUUAUAAACAAAUAAGUAGUUUUAUUUUAUUACAAUGGAAUACAACAAAGAAACGAAAGUUAUUUAUGGUGGACCAUCAAAGUUUAUCAUUCCAGACGUUUCAUUUGGUGAAAUGUUAUUUCAUAAAAUUUUACAAGGUGGUGAAAAAAUUGCACUUGUUGAUGGACGUACUGAAGAAACACUUAGUUAUAAUGAAUUACUUCGAAAAUCUAUUAUUAUGGCAAAAACAUACCAAAGUUUUGGUUUACGAAAAGGAGAUUUUCUUUCAUUAUUUAGUGAAAAUCGUAUUGAAUUUACAAUUAGUAUAUUAGGAGCAUUAUUUGUAGGAAUUGUACCUGUACCAAUCAAUUUUCAAUAUAUGAAAGAUGAACUAUUUCAUUGUUUGUCAUUAACAAAACCGCGAGUGAUAGUUUGUACCGCUGAUACAUUAAAAAAACUGUUAACAGUUUACAAUAAAUGUCGUUUUAUUGAGAAAGUGAUUGUAUUAGAUGAAAAAUUUGAAAAACCAUCAACCAAAUCGAUUGUAAUAUACACUUUCAAAUAUAUUAUGGAUCAGUAUAAAAAUAAACAUAUUGAUAUUAAUAAAUUUCAAUGUGCUAAAGUUAAUUCCAAAGAGGAUACAGCGGUUAUAUUUAGCUCAUCUGGUACAACUGGUUUGCCGAAAGGAGUCAUGUUAACACAUCAUAAUUUGAAGACAUGCUAUAAUAUUACAAUAUCUAGUAACAUGUACGUUCUAUUAUCGAACAAUAAUCAAUUAAUAUUUUUACCAUUAUUCCAUGCAUACGGUUGUCUACUAUCAUUAUUUGGUUUAGGCUUAACUGCCACAAUAGUAAUAUUAAAUCGUUUUGAAGAGGAAUUAUAUUUAAAAUUACUUGAUAAAUAUCACGUAGCAAUUAGUUUUGUGGUACCACCGAUAUGUGUUAUGCUAUCAAAAAGCACAAUUGUUGAUCAAUAUAAUUUCACACAUUUACGAACAGUAUUCUGUGGAGCAGCACCCUUGAAAAGUGAAACUGAAGCUGAAGUUUUAAAGAAAAUGAAAGUUCCAAACAUUCGCCAAGGAUAUGGUCUAACUGAAUCUACAUUAGCUGUAACUAUAACACCAGAUGCAACCGUCAAUAAACCUGGAACUGCUGGACUUGUGGUUGAAGGAAUGUCUUUAAAAGUUGUUGAUAUUGAAACAGGCAAAUCAUUAGGAUUUCAUGAAACAGGUGAAAUAUGUGUAAAAGGGGAUUUAUUGAUGAAAGGCUAUUAUAAUAAUAUUGAAGCUACACGAAACUGCAUUGAUUCAGAAGGUUGGUUGCAUACUGGUGAUGUUGGAUAUUAUGAUGAAGAUUUAUACUUUUUUAUUGUGGAUCGCAUAAAGGAGCUUAUCAAAUAUAAAGGAUUUCAGGUGGCACCUGCUGAAUUGGAAGGUUUGUUAUUAGCUAACGAACACGUUAAGGAUGUAGGCGUAAUUGGUAUACCUGACGAUAUCUCAGGUGAAUUACCGUUAGCGUAUAUAGUAAGACAACCUUGGUCCAAUAUUACAGCUGAAGAAAUUAUAAAUUAUGUAAAAGAUCGAGUUUCUCCACAAAAAAGGCUUCAUGGUGGAGUCAUAUUUAUCAAUGAAAUACCAAAAACACCAAGUGGGAAAAUUUUAAGAAGAAAGCUACGGGAGUUAGCAAAGCAAAAAUCAUCGCUAUGAUAUUUAAAUAUUUGUUUUUUUUAAAAGUUUAUUAAAAUGUAUUAUUUUAUUAACAUAACUUUUUUGUGUGUAAUCGACAUUUGUCUUUAAAUUUCUUAUUAGUAAAUCUGCCAAGGUUAGUCGAUUGGACAUUUUUUC